AUGUCUUCUGAGACCGAAACUAAGGGUUUAGUGUUGGAAAACACUGCUCGUAGAGAUGCUCUAAUUGCUAUUGAGAAGAAGUACCAAAAGUUAUGGGCUGAAGAGCAUAUGUUCGAGGUUGAUGCUCCAUCGCUCGAAGAGGAAAAUGUGAGUGUAGACUCUGCAGAGUUGCAGAAGAAGUAUCCCAAAUUCAUGUCCUCCAUUGCUUAUCCUUACAUGAAUGGUGUGUUGCACGCUGGGCAUUUGUUCACUCUUUCCAAAGUGGAGUUUUCCGUUGGUUUUGAGAGAAUGAAGGGUAAAAGAGCUUUGUUUCCAUUGGGGUUCCACUGCACUGGUAUGCCGAUCCUAGCAUGUGCUGACAAGCUUAAGAGAGAGGUAGAACUUUUUGGUGCUGACUUUGCUAAGGCCCCAGCCGAGGACGAAGACCCAGACGCGGGAAGCGUUAAGGAAGAAGUUAAAGCAGAAUCUGAAGAUGUGACGAAAUUCAAAGCUAAGAAAUCCAAAGCAGCCGCCAAGAAAGGCCGUGGUAAAUACCAGUUUGAAAUUAUGUUGCAACUGGGAAUUGCAAGAGAGGACGUGAUCAAAUUCGCCGAUCCUCAGUACUGGCUCGUUUACUUCCCACCUCUCUGCCAAGAAGACUGUUCUUCAAUUGGCUCUCGUAUCGACUGGAGACGUUCUUUUAUCACAACUGACAUGAAUCCUUACUAUGAUGCUUUCAUUAGGUGGCAAAUGAACAAGUUAAAGGAAGUUGGAAAAAUCAAGUUUGGUGAGCGUUAUACUAUUUACUCUGAGAAAGAUGGCCAAGCCUGUAUGGAUCACGACAGACAAUCGGGUGAAGGUGUGACUCCUCAAGAAUAUGUGGGUAUCAAGAUUGAGACUUUGGAAUUUGCUGAGCCAGCCCAAAAAAUCAUUGACUCCACUGAGGCAAUUGACAAAUCCAAAAAGAUUCACUUCGUAGCUGCUACUUUGAGACCAGAGACCAUGUAUGGUCAGACAUGCUGCUUCGUUUCACCAAAAAUCGACUACGGAGUGUUCGACGCUGGUGACUCUUAUUACAUCACUACAGAAAGAGCUUUCAAGAACAUGUCUUACCAAAAAUUGACACCCGUCAGAGGACAGUACAAACCUUUGGUCACCAUCAGCGGUAAGGAUUUCAUCGGCUCCAAGAUUCGUGCUCCGCUUUCCGCUUACGAUGUCUUGAGAAUUUUGCCAAUGGAAACGGUUAUCGCUACAAAGGGUACCGGUGUUGUCACUUGUGUUCCCUCAAAUUCUCCUGAUGAUUUGAUGACUACGAAAGAUUUGCAAAACAAAUCUGAAUACUACGGGAUUGACGCCGACUGGGUGAAACACGAACCUGUUCCAAUUAUUCGCUCUGAGAAAUACGGCGACCUGACGGCUCAAAAGAUUUGUGAGGAACUUAAGAUUAGAUCCCCCAAAGAUUCUGUUCUUUUAGCCGAGGCCAAAAAGAUUGCCUACAAGGAAGACUUUUACAACGGUACUAUGAUAUACGGUAAGUACAAGGGCGACAAAGUGGAAAUUGCGAAGAACAAGUUGAAAGCUGAUCUUAUUGCCAAUAACGAAGCUUUUGUCUACAACGAGCCAGAAUCUUUGGUUGUGUCUCGUUCUGGUGACGACUGUAUCGUCUCCCUAGAAGACCAGUGGUAUGUCGACUAUGGUGAAGAGAGCUGGAAAGCACAAGCAAUUGAAUGUUUGGACCAAAUGCAACUCUUUGCUCCAGAAGUGAGAAACGCUUUUGAGGGUUGCUUAGACUGGUUGAAAAACUGGGCUGUAUGCCGUACCUACGGUUUAGGUACCAAGCUACCUUGGGACGAAAAAUACUUGGUUGAAUCUCUGUCUGACUCUACCAUCUAUCAAGCGUUUUACACUAUCGCUCACUUGCUCUUCAAGGACUACUACGGUAACGAAAUCGGACCACUAGGUAUUGAGGCUAACCAAAUGACACCAGCUGUUUUCGAUUACGUCUUCCAACACACCGAUGAUAUCAAAACUGAUAUACCUAUCGAAAGUCUGCAAAAGCUUAGACGGGAAUUUGAAUACUUCUAUCCUCUAGACGUCUCGGUGUCUGGUAAGGACUUGAUCACCAAUCACUUAACUUUCUUUAUCUACACUCAUGUUGCUCUUUUCCCAAAGAAGUUUUGGCCAAGAGGUAUCAGAGCAAACGGUCACUUAAUGUUGAACAACGCUAAAAUGUCCAAAUCUACCGGUAACUUUAUGACUUUGAAACAGAUUGUCGCAAAAUUUGGUGCCGAUGCUUCUCGUAUUGCUUUGGCCGACGCUGGCGACACCGUUGAGGACGCCAAUUUGGACGAAACGAAUGCUAACGCAGCCAUUUUGAGACUUUAUAAUCUUAAGGAAUGGGCUGAUGAGGUUGUUCAAAACGGCUCUACCUUCCGUACUGGUGCAAUUAGUGAGUUUUUCGACGUUGCCUUCGAAAAUGAAAUGAACUUCUUGAUUGAGGAAACUUACAAACAGUACGAGCUGACUAACUACAAGAGUGCCUUGAAGGUUGGUUUGUUCGACUUGCAAACUGCGAGAGAUUACUAUCGUGAAUCUUGUGAAGUAAUGCACAAAGAUCUAGUUCUACGUUAUAUUGAGCUGCAAGCUUUGGCAUUGACUCCAAUUGCCCCACAUUUUGCUGAGUACAUAUGGCGCGAAGUUUUGGGAAACGCUACCUCUGUGCAGCGUGCCAAAUUCCCCCGUGCGUCUAAGCCUGUCGAUCUAGGUGCAUUGUCUUCCUUGGAAUACUUGAGAGAUCUACAGAGAAGAAUCAGAGAGACUGAGGGUCAAGCUUUAAAGAAAAAGAAGGGUAAGGGUGCUGAUGUGGAUAGCACUAAACCCGCCAAGCUGCUCGUGCUCGUUUCUGAGUCCUUCCCAGAAUGGCAAAACCAGUACAUUGAGCUGAUGCGCAAACUUUUUGAAGCUCAAGAUCUUAACGACAACAAGAAGAUCAAGGAAGCAGUGAAUCCAAAGGAUAUGAAACGUGCCAUGCCUUUCAUAUCGAUGCUCAAACAGCGUCUCGCCAGUGAGCCCGUGGAGACUGUUUUCAACAGAGAAUUGCCUUUUGAUGAAGUUGCUACGAUUAAGUCGACAGUAGAGAGCUUAAAGAAAUGUUGCCAAGCGGUGAAAUGCCAAGAAUUCCAGUUUAUCAAAUUCCCAUAUGGCGCUAAGGUUGGUACCGAUAUUUUCACCGGAGAACAAGUGGAUAUUCCAAAUGCUGCCAAAAUUGUGGAGAACGCCGUUCCCGGCGCCCCCGGUAUUAUUAUCUCCAAUAUCUAA